UGACCUCUCGCUUGUGUCUUUUACCUAAUGCAUGAAACUGAGACCAUGAAUCACAUUAUUAGCUCACUAAUUCGAAUUGUUGUGGUGGCGUGACGUGGGCUCAGUGCACUCCGGAUCAGCAGGUGGCGCUGUAUAUCAUUGUACAUCUGUACAGUAACAAUGACGCGCGUUUUAAGUCAGAGAAGAAAAACUCAGCCAGUAAGAAGCGGAAGAGCUGCGCAUGAGCGUUGUGCAACAUGGAGGUGUCGGUGAGCGCUUUGGGCCGCAGAGGUUCUACCUGCGUGUUUCCGGUCGGUUCUGUGGUCAGGCACGUCCUGGACCGGCUCGUGCCGCUUCCGGAGGAUUUCUACGUCACCAGAGAUGGGCGCCGGGCACACCUGGACGAUCCUCUGGAGCAUGGAGCCGUCUAUCAUCUGGAGCUCCGCCUCCUUGGAGGGAAAGGAGGGUUCGGUUCAAUGCUGCGCGCGCUCGGCGCUCAGAUUGAAAAGACGACCAAUCGAGAGGCCUGCAGGGACCUCAGUGGGCGGAGACUCAGAGACGUCAACCACGAGAAAGAGAUGGCGGACUGGCUGAAGAAGCAAGCGGAGCGCGAGGCAGAGAAGGAGCAGCGGCGUCUGGAGCGCUUGCAGAGGAAGCUCAAUGAGCCCAAACACCAGUUCACCGACGCAGAGUACCAGCAGCAGUGCCACGACCUGUCCGAGCGACUCGAGGACUCGGUGCUCAGAGGUCUGCAGGCUUCCUCCAGCAGCCAGGUGAAGGUGGACGACAUGUGCGGCGCCAAGAGGCUGAACUGUGAUCAGAGUGAGCAGCCUGCGAAGAAGAAGACGAAGACAGCAGGAGGAGGGGGGUGCUUCUGGACGGGGCUGGAGGAGAUGGACGAGCUGAUGAGCUCAGAUGAUGACGAGGCUCCGUCCACAUCCAGCCGUGAAACUGCUGCUGCCAUCGUUACCAUGACAACACGAAGAGAGGCAGAGGAGGGUAGCAGUGGAAGCACCAGAACCACACAGAUCCCCAAGGAGACCUCCAGAGACCAGACUGGGACACCGUCAGAGGACCGGGACUCUGAGAAGACCUCCAGAGACCAGACUGGGACACCGUCAGAGGACCGGGACUCUGAGAAGACCUCCAGAGACCAGACUGGGACACCGUCAGAGGACCAGAACCAUCCUGGUCCGUCCAAACCAUCACAAUCAAGCGAGCUGUCUCAACAGCAGCUGGAUUUGCUCUCGGUGGCGUCUGUCGAGCAGCUGGAGUCUCUGGGUUUGGACGUCUUGAAAAAAGAACUGAUGUCUCGUGGGUUGAAGUGUGGGGGAACGCCGUCGGAGCGCGCUGCUCGACUCUUCGCCAUCAGAGGACUGAGUGCAGAUGAGAUCGACCCGCUGCUGCUCGCCAAACCGACAAAGCCCAAGAAGAAGAAAUGAGAUGGAACGCUGAAAGCGGAGUGUUCAGCGUUCCGUCGAGUGCGAGAAUAUUAAUCACAGACAACAUUUACUCUUUCCUGAUGAGCUUCCUGAUUGGUUCAGACAAUCACACGUAUAUUUUAUUAGAGGUUCUGUCCAGUCAGAAAGCAGGAUGUUCACACACGUCUGUGCUUCAGUUUGAAUUUAACCACUUCCUGUUCAGUUUUCAAUAAACGUCUGAAACUAAACAUCA